AAACGACACAAAGGUUCUAUGUCCAGACAAGAAGUCAAAGGAGUAAGAAAAGACAACAGUCUAACUAUGACAAGGAUGAACAGACAACGAAAAAGAAGAUUAAAAUGGAAAAGUCAAAGACAAAAGAGAAAAAGCCAAAGAAAGGGGGAAGGAAGAAGAAAGAAGAUACAAAAGAAAAUGCAAAGAUCGAGUGCAGGCAACAGAAAUGCACUCUAAGUGCUUUCUGGAGAUUGAUUGACACAUACAGAGACAAAAUCCCAAAAGAGGCUUGGGAUAUUUUGAGUACUACUGUAUUUUGGGGGAUGAUCCGGCCAUUUUUCGAGAAGAAGCUCACUGAAACUCAGCUACACAAACAUGAGGCCGACUUGGAGAUCAUAAUGAAGUACUUUGAUGUUAAAAAAGCCAAGUUUGUGUUUGGGGAGACAGAAAUGGAAAUAACAUUGGAAGACAUAAAUGAAUUGUUUGACUUGCCAACAACUGGUAUUGAAUGGGAUCUAAGCAAGAAGGUGCUCAAGGAGGAACGGAAAGCAUCUUCGAUAUUUGACGUCAAUAUGAGGAAAGAAACAGUAAUCAAACCUGAUCUGGAAAAGGCACUUGGCAAGGAGCUCAACAAGAAGAAGAAGGCUAAUCCCAAGAUAAUUGCGGCACUGAUUAUCAUGUACCUCUUCAACGCAUUCCUCUUCAGCAGGACAUCUACAACCUUAACAUGGGACCUCAUCAACGCUUGUGAAGACCUAGACAACAUAAACAGCUUCAAUUGGGCAAAGAUGGUACUAGAUUUUCUGAUGGAUGGGCUUCAGAGGUAUCGAAAAGAUCAUCCGUCAACUCUUUCUGGCUGCCUCCUUCUCAUAUAUUACUGGUUCUUGGAGAAGACAAAGAUCAGAAACUGGAUUCAAGGAAUGGAGAAUGAAAAACCGCGAUUUGUGAGGUGGUCAAUAAAGGAGCUGUUCAACCUGCAGAAGCUCCACCAGAAUCCAGACUGGCCGAAGGAGUUAAUAAGAGAAGGGCCGUGGUUGGAACAUAACUUCGUCAAGUUAUUGGGUAUGGAAGAGGAGCAGGAAACACCAACUUUCGCCAACUGGGUUCCACAAGCGAGUCAGGAAGAGAAAGAAGAGAACAUUAGGGUUACUGGGAACAUGAGAGUUCUCCUAAAGGAGAUGAAUACAGUGAUUGAAGACGAAGGUGACAAAAAGAAAAUGGAAGAGAAAAUGAAGACUAUCUUACAAGCAAAUGAAAACUUGGCAAACCAUAUUAAGGUGCUUUGGGAAAAGAUUAUGGUUGCUGAUGACAAGAUUUUGUCUAUGGAGAACAAAGUGACUAAAGUGAUGCAAGAAAACAGAGCGCACAAAAACCACAUCAGAGCUCUGAACAAAUUGUUGGCAAAGGCAAAUGCGAAGAAACCAGAUGAGAAAAGUAGUGAUCAGAGAGCUAAUCAACUUCAGAUGGUGCUGGCGUCAACGGAGCAAGAAGAUGGAACGAGGUAUGAAUAUGAUAGAAGCCAAGCUGAAUAUCAGCCUCAAACACCAGUCAAAGAAGAACCAAGGGGAGGUGAUCCAGUUAACGCAGUUCCUCUAUCUUUCAAGAAACCAGAAGAGGAAAUACUAAAUGAGGAGGAGAUACUAAAUGCUGUAGAAGCAGAAAAAAUAGAUAUAAUUGUCUCGACAAUUCUCGAAGCAGCUAAUUCGGCAGAAAUGGCAGAACCAGAGAAGAAAGAAACUGCCACAAAGACAGAAGACAUGAAAGAGAAGGAAAAGGUUGCCAUGCAUUCUAUUGAGAGGAACGUGAAACAAAACAAGAGAAAGGCAUCAACUAAGGACAAGGAUGAGGAUUUUGAGUAUGACACUCCAGAGAUCUUGAAGACUUACGGAAAGAAAAGAAAGACUGCUCCACAAGAACAGCCAAAGCAGAGAAAGAAAGCCGAACAGAAGCUGGCAUCAAACCUGCAGAAAGGGAAACAAGUGCAGCAGCCAAUUCAAAUUAAAGAUGUGAAUUGCGAGAAGUACACUUGGAAAACCUUAAAGCCUGAACUCGCAAGACACUACCAGCAAUUCUUUGAGAUGGUUGAUGACAAUUUAUAUACCUACUGGACAAGUAGAAAUGGCAUAAUAGGGGUAACAAGGAGAGACAUGAAGAUUAUCAUCCAAGAGGAAGAUUUGGAUAUUAGUGUGAUCAAGGCUUACACUGAAAUAUUACAGAAUGAACUGAAAGAAAAGAAGACUCAAAUUGGAUUGCUGGACAUUGAAGCAGCGUACUACGCUAUUCAACAUGAAAAGAAACUGGCAGACUUCAAGAAAGAAGGAAAGAGCCUUUUGAAAGACGACUUCAAAGGCCAUGAGAUUGAAAUAGAGUUAUUUCUAAUUGAACAACUGUGGAGUAACUUCAGCUACCCCAAGGUGCUCAUCCCGAUCCACCAUUGCUACAGCCAGCACUACACACUGCUUAUCAUCGACAAUGAGAAAAAACGCUUUGUUCACAUGAACUCUAUGCUGCCUCCAAAGAAGGAAUGGACAAAAGAUAAUCACCACUACACCAACGCAAACUGGGUGGUAAAGCACAUAAGGAGGUUCAUCCGUGAUGUGAACAUGACAGCCAGAAAAUUUGACACUGACAGCCAGGAUCAAGACAACACAAGAGAAAAGUGUAAAGGUGAGGACGCUCAAGGAGAACUUAUCACUGAGGUUGAAGAAAUGACCGAAAGAGAGAAAGAGGUCAGAAGGUGGAUCUUGGAUAAUCAUAUAGGUGAACAGGACUACGAGCUUGUAGAAGACUUCAACUGCCCUCAGCAGAAAACCUCAUUGGGGGACUGUGGGCCUUUUAUGCUCUAUUUCAUGGAAAGCAUAGUUCACGGAGUGCCACCGAACAAGAAGAAAGCCGAUGACAUGAGGAAAACAAUUCUUGAGAGGUUUGCAAUGGAGGAAUGUCGUUGGAGUGUUGAAAGAUAA